AUGUCACGAGAUAAAAGCGUUUGGUUUGCCGAAGAGAUACUUUUAGAUGCGAAAUUAAUCAACUUUCAGUUGGAAACAGGAGAAUGGGAUGCCGUAGAGGAAAUGUUACGUGCUGAAGCGCAGCUGUCAAGGGAUGCAGAAACCGGACGCUUACGACCCAAAAAAGCAUCAGAGUAUACAUUACGUUUGAUAGCAGAAGUCCUGCAUAUUAUGAGGCUAGAUGUUGAACAAGCUUCAUACAAUAGAAGUACGCUUGCUGUUGCUGAGCAAUGUCUACGCCUCGUCCGUUCUUGUGCUGCUGCUGGCACAAAAAUGCAAACAUACAUUUCCAAAGAACUGUCAAUACUAGAUUCUAUGCUCAUAUUAGCUACAGAGUACCAGCAUCCAAGUGUAGAGAUACUUAAUGAGGAAUUACAGAAGAAAUUUGAAACUUGCAUGACUGUCCUUGUGCAAACACUUGGAAAUCUUGUAGUCAAUAACCCAUUCAAUCAAAUUAUGAUUUGGAAUAAAUUUGAUGCAAUCAUAUUAAAUUCCUUAGUUGGACAGAAUGAUAAAAUAGCUUCAGCUGCUGCAAUGAUUGUGUAUAAUAUACUUUUGGGUCAACCCAAUGUAUUACCAGAUGAUGUUUCUUUACUAAAUUCAUUAGCUUAUAUGUACAACAAUGGCAAUACUGAGUACCCACAUUUGAUAAUAGAAUAUUUAAUUGGGGUUGAGAAUACAUAUAUAGAGAAAUUGUAUGCAAAAUUGGAUCCAGAGUGUCGAAUACUUGUGUUAAAUCUAGCCUACAAUAUUUUAAUGUCAACAGAAUCACAAGAUAUUAAUGUGUCAGUAAACUUUGUUAAAUUUAUGGCACAUGAAUUUAAAAGCAAAUCUGAUUGUAUUCUGAAGACGGUGGAUAAGUAUUUGAACAGCAUUGAACCUCAAGAAGUUGUAUUUUUGCUUGAAAUAAUAGCCACUGCAUCAAGUAUGGACGCUUACAUGGAUUGCUUGCAAAAUGAUACAUCUCUUUUUAUUAACUGUGCUUUUCUGCUACGUGCAAUUCAUAAGUUAGGCAAGGAAAGUCAAAACUUUUUCUCUUCUAUUAAUAAACUUUAUGAGGCAACUGGAAAACAUCUUAUCAAUGAUGAAAAUAUAUCAGCAACUAAUGUUCCACCAGAAAUUCCACUCUGUAAGAAUGAUUCAGCGGAUAACAUGCUGUCAUGUAAUGAAACAACAUCAGAAUGCACAGAGUCUGAAAGCAGUGAACAAUACUUUGAAUGCAAUGAAAAUCCCCCAUACCUAGAUAAAAUAGACACAUUAAAUACUUUCGACAACCUACAGCCUCUUAAAUUUCUUGAUCCUUUGCCUGAUAAUAAAAGCAGAAGUCCAGAAUGCAACCCUAACGUCAAAAUCGACAGUGAUUUGACAAAGGUUGCGUUCAAAAGAAGUAGUUCCGUGCCAAAAACUGAUGAUCGAAUAUCAUUGCCAACUAGAAGGGUAAGUCUCGAACAUAAGAUAGAUAUAGGAGAAGAUAAUGAACCACCUUUAAUCAUUGAUGCACAAUCACCAUCAGCGAGCAUGAAUACUAUAGCGGAAGUUAUUCCAGUUGGACUACAACCCAGACUGGAAUUGCAAGAAACCAGUAGAACAGAUUCUCAAGAUAGCUCACCAAAUGACCCACCUACAGAAAUACAUGUGCCAAGAGAAGAAGCCAAAGUUGUAAAAGCUUCACCCAGUGAGAUAUCCCCACCACUGUCUGAUGCUCCACCGGAAACUGAAUCACAGAAACAAUCUCCAGAUACGCCAAAAGAAGUAAAGAAAAGCCAGAAUUUGUCUACAGAUUUUGAUUUAAGUGAGCAGCUGCAGAAAAUAUUAGGUAUUUCAUCAGAAAAAACACGCGGGGAUACCUCAAAUGCUGAAAAAAAAUCAGAGCCGGCCAAAGAAGUUAAGAUUGAAGAGACAAGCAAUAAAGUACCUUCUGUAAAAAUUGAUUCACCGGAGACCCAUAAAGCAAGAUUGGGCGCCAUUGACAUGACUACAGCCAAGAAAACUGUUACUUCUGUUGAAACUGUGGAACGUCAUGUUGCAUUUGGUUUUAAGGCAGCUCUAGUAAGAACACUGGCCAACCUGUGUUGGAAACAUCCGGAGAACAAAAAGCAGAUGCGUGAAUUGGAAGUGAUUCCCGUACUGCUUGAUUGCUGUAAUAUUGACGCACGCAAUCCGCUUAUAAUGCAGUGGGUCAUUUUUGCCGUUCGUAAUUUAUGCGAGAAUUGUCCAGAAAAUCAGGAGAUAAUAUCAAGAACAACCCUGCGAGGGCCUGUAGACAAUGAAGUUUUACAAGAAAUGGGUCUAACCCUUCAUACAGAUGCGCAGGGCAACUCUAUAAAAUUGGCACCAUUACCUCGGGGAUAG